AUGACCGACUUACGAACGAACUAUAUUAUCUCGCACGGAUACGCGGAAUCGGGGCGGUUGCAUUUACAGCAGUGGCUAUGGAAGAUGCAGAUGGGUUGGGAUCUCCACCCCAGCAUAAAGCUUCCAGAGGAUGGCGAGCUACGCAUAGCUGAUCAUGGUUGCGGAAAUGGGUGCGAUUGGCAACCCCACAUCUGUUUCACCCUCGCUAAUUCUGAGUUUCCCAGAGCUUGGAUCAUAUCGAUGGCCGGCGAACUGGAGGAUGCGCAACUGCAGCGAGCAGUUUUGACAGGAUUCGACAUAUCCGCGGUUCAUUUUCCGGCUCCAGAAAACCUCCCCGGAAAUGUCAAUCUGAAGGUCCUCGAUGCCUUCGUGGAUCCGCUUCCUGAGGAGCUGGUAGGCAAAUUCGAUGUCGUCCACGUCCGUGUGUUCACUGCCGUGGUAAAGAAUGGCAACCCAGCACAACUUAUCGCCAACGCGGUGAAGAUGCUCAAGCCUGGUGGCUACUUCCAGUGGGAUGAGAUGGACAGCGAAUCUUUGAAAGCCAUCCCGCCCCAGCCGUCCGUUUCAGCCGCCGAGACACAAGAGAUGCUCGACACGUCCUUGGUAUCCGCUAGGUCCGCUAUGAGCCUCGACUAUUCCUGGAUCCCCCGUCUCGGGUCGCUGUUCGAGCAACAUGGCCUAGACGUGCUAGCCGACUUCAGGAUGGACGUGAAGAAAGAGUUCAGGAAACCAAUGACGGAUUCGCUACUCAUGGUCCUUGGCCAUAUUGCGAAGAUCGCGGUGCGGGAUGGUUGCAUGGUAGGAACGGAUAAAAAUUGGGAGGAGCUAUGGAAUAACUCCGGCGCUGAGAUCGAAAACGGCGUCUCAGUGACUACGGACAUGCUCGUAUGCGUGGGCCGCAAACGGUCUUAA